CUGUCUUAAAGGACAGCUUCACAACAAGCUGACAGAACGAUGAAAACAAAAAAUUCAAGCGGGAAAACAAAGGACUUCAAUCUCUUGCUAAUAAAUCAUGUGUGAAGGGACGCCACAGUGAGAAAAUGGCUUCUCACAAGUCAAAGACUGGCACCAAGAUAAAUGUUACAAAGGCAGCGGAGGAAUCCAGUCCAGUUGAUGAAUAUGUCACACCUGGGGGCUAUGAGCUGGAGAAAAUCCUCAACCGUGGGAGUGUGGCUUACACUCAUGUCAAUGAGGUCUGGCCCAAUGUCUACAUCGGAGAUGAGCAGACUGCGAAGGACAAGUACAAUCUGAAGAGGUUGGGGAUUACGCACAUCUUGAACGCAGCUGAGGGGACGUGGAACAACGUGGACACCGGAGCUGGUUACUACAGUGACAUGGACGUCGUCUACUAUGGCGUGGUAGCAGAAGACGUCCCGACCUUUGACCUCAGCCAGCAUUUCUUCUCUGCUGCCCGGUUUAUAGAAGAAACACUGAACAAUCCUCAUAAUAAACUGCUGGUGCACUGCGUGAUGGGAAGGAGUCGAUCCGCCACGCUCUUCCUGGCAUACCUCAUGAUCUGUGAGAACAUGACCGUGGUCGCCGCCAUCGAGCACGUGAAAAAACGCCGGCGGAUCAUCCCCAACUGGGGUUUCCUCAAACAGCUGAGAGAGCUAGACGUCCACCUCCUGGAGGAAAGAGACUCUACAGAGCCGAGAUGAUUUUAAGACUUGUGGGGAAAGUUGAAGCCCCAGGUCGAGUCUCAAGUCAGUGGAGACAAGUUCAAGUCGGGUUUCAAGCAAUUUGAGACAAGAAGUCAAGUCUCAAGUAAUUGGAGAAAAAUAAAAUCAAGUCUCUGGGCAAAUCAAAAGUAAUUUAAGACAAGCUCAAAACUCAGUUCAUUUGGGACAAGUCCAAGUUAAGUCACACGUAAUUCAAGACAAGGCCUAGUCAACUCUCAGGUCUAUCACAGUUACAGCCUAAAGUUAAAUGUCAGUUCCUUUGAGACAAGUCUAAAUCAAGACACAAGUAAUUU